AUGCCGUACGCGCUGCGCUCCUCCACCACCAAUCGCGCGAGCCAGACGAACACGGCAAGCGCCAAUGCCUCCGAUCAGCUCCUACAAGCCGCGGGAGUGAAGAAGAAGCGUGCUGCCAACAAGAAGAAGAAGCUGGGAAAGGCUAUGGCCAAGAAAGCGGUUCCUCAGGCGCGCGAUGAUAGGGAAGCUGAGGAUGAGGACAUUGGCGACAACAUCAUUGUUCUUCCCCGUGGCGGUGCAGCCGCAGCGCGGUACGAGCGGGCGGGAUCGACAUUGCCUUUACGCACCAACAUGGACAACGAGGACCAGCUGGGAGCGGCCACGGAGGGGGAUGAGGAUGACGAGAUCGUUGUACGUCCCCGCGGAGCUGCCAUGGCUGUUAUGGCGGAAGCACGCCAAGAGGAGGCAGCGUCACCAGCGGCAUCACCGUCUGACAUGGCCACGAACAUGGAGGACCAGGUGGGAGCGGCCACGGAAGAGGAUGACGAUGACGAGAUCGUUGUUCUUCCCCGCGGAGCUGCCAUGGCUGUUAUGGCGGAAGCACGCCAAGAGGAGGCAGAGUCACCAUCGGCAUUACCAUCUGACAUGGACACGAACAAGGACGAACAAAGGGAUGCGGACAUGGAUGAGGAUGAAGACGAGGAGAUCGUGGGAACUAUUCGCGGAGCUGCGCUUGCGGCCACAGUGGAAGCAUUUCAAGAUCAGGUACCGUCUCCAUCACCAUUCGACAUGGACAUGGACAUGGACAUGGACGAGGAAGAUCCAAUGGCAGCGGUCGCGGAGGCGGCGAGGGAGCGCAAUCCAACUCCGGAAGCCGCUUCUGCAGCUGUACCAGCAUCACCACCACCGCCAGCACGUACUCCGCGAUCCCACCGCGAGCUGACAGAAUGCGGCGUCUGCUUCGAGCCCAGGGGCACCACCGCCAUGGCCGAAGAGGUCUGCCUGCGGUGCAACUUCACGGUCCAUUCCCUCUGUCAGAGCAGAGCACUGGAUGCGGACCACUUCUUCGGGCGGAUGCCCAGAUGUUUGAAUUGGUAUGUCCACAGACACCCUUUCCGACGUUUCCUCCUUGUUCGAACACUGAUGCAUACCUCCUUGUGCAGUAUUGAGCCAUGGAUCGGUUCCAGGCCAGUCGUUGCUCUGGAAUGA